AUGCCAGAAACACUUGCCCUUGCAACACCCCGCCUCGCGAUAAUCCUAGAACAGCCGUUAGACGGCAAACCGCACCGGCCGGGCGACACAAUCACAGGCCGAGUUUACCGGACGGCACCAGGGGUCGCGCCAGAAGCCAAGGUCACGGUCACAGUUCGCGGUCGCUGUAAAUCCAAGAUCAGUAUCAGAAGGAACAACUCCACGCACUACUACCGGACCAACUUUAAUGCCCUGAGCACCCCGACUGGAGUGGAGACACAUGUUCUGACUGCAGGGCAGCCGUUGCAUAUCCCGCAAGGCGGCGCAGGGGAAUCAUGGCAGUUUGCGAUCAAGAUCCCUGAGCUGGUCCAUGAUAUCCGGAGCGAGUGGGAGCAGAAAUAUUUUGCUGCGCCCGGGGGUCACCUGGAGGCGAUGUUCCCGCCGCCGGCGAGCAUAGUCUUUACCGGGAACUCGUUCAUCCACGGAGAUGCGUGCCAUGCCUUUACAGAGUACUGGGUUGAAGCGAAGAUUGAGCUCGCGCGUCAGCAUAAGGGCAAGACAGUGCCGGACAUUCAUGAUGCCAUCGCCCCGUUUCCGUUGCGGAAUGUCCAUCCCGGCACGGCCAUCACGGACUUCGAUAUGAGGGAGUUCAAGAGACAUCAUACGACGUGGUCAUACCGGCUAGUACCCGGGACUACCAAAGUCAGUUUCGGGCAGAAGACGAGGCAGUUGUUCAAUUCAUCCAAGUGUCCGAAGAUCGGGCUGAACGUUUCGCUGUCUCUCCCUCAUGCACUGCAGGUGGGCAAUGAGCAGAUAAUCCCCAUCACGCUGAGCAUGGAACCACUGCUAGAAUCAACGAGCGAGGCCAUCCAUGGCGUCCAGCAGGAUAUACUCAUUACCGCAUUCCGGGUCAAGGUCAAGCCAACGACAACAGUGCAGGCCGAGCGGCACAAUUUCACCAAGGCUGGUGAUAGCGUGAGCCUUGUUCCACCAGUGACCAACACAUCAAUCAUAAACGGCACCACAAAUCUAGUAAUUCCGGUUAUUCCUGGGGGGAAGUCCGAACCUUUCGCUAUUGGCGAGAUACUGGGAGUUCGGCUGCCUGCAAACAGUCUGGGCCCGGAUCUGCUCACGUAUAACAUUGUCCGCUCGCACGACUUGAAGUGGGAGAUGGAGGGGGAGAUCGCGGGGGAAAGGUUCAAGCUGGGGUUCUCGCAUAAAGUGAGGAUUCUCCCGGAGCCGGAGGUGGAGGGGGCGUUGCCGGGGUACGCCCCUGGCCCUGGCCCUGUCCCUGUUCCAAAUGAUCCUGGUAAGGGGGAGGCACUACCAAGCUAUGGCGAGUCGGUGGCUCAAUAA